GAUUUUAUCUCGCUUUCCUCCCCACAACAAAAAUACCACAACGGCCAGACCUUUGUAUCUCAAAUUUCUCAAUACAGCCACACAAUGUCGCACUCAAAUUCUACUCUUGAUCCUCUUCUUUUUCAAGAAAAGGAGCAGAACAAGAAGACUAACACCUCCUCACAAGAAAUUCCCUUUAUUAAGCAAGAGCAAGAAGAGGAAUAUAUGCACCACCCGCAUUCAAUGCACCUUAAUAACACGCCAGAUUCAAAACAUGAAGACGGUCAUGAGUCUGGUCCUUAUUCAUCUUUUUCUGCCGAGAAACACGGUAUCAGAAACAAUUCAAACCAUCUGCCUGAUCCGCAAGAAUAUCAGUAUUCGAGAGGACAGGAUUUAUCACUUGCGCAAUCUGGUUCCUUCAGAUCACCCGAAGAAUACGAUCAGUAUGUUGGAGAUCUGACUUCGCUGCAAAGAUAUCAGACUGGCCCUUCAGAUAUUUUCCAGUCUUCAUCGCCACAAGAAAGCUUACAGACUGGAGGCUCCGAGUCCUUUAGAAUUUACUUACCAUCAACAGGCUUGGAACCUGCAAGCUCUGACAUCAAUCGAUCUUCUGAUGAGUUUUAUUACCACACUGGAGAUUUACCUCAAGCCCGAACUUACCAAUAUCAGUUGACUCACGACCAAUCACCUGCCGGUCAAGUUCUUCCUAUCCGACAGUCUGAUAAUCAAAAUGUUGUUGAUAACGAAUACUACAGCAGCCAGGCCUACAACGACUCGCCAGCUUCUCAAGUUCCCGAGCCUGCUCUUGAUCUUGACGAAUACCCAGUAUUACAGCCAGGACUCAUCACCAUGAAUCCCCCCACACCACCUACAGCUCAAGAAAUCUGUUACUUGCAAUCAUGGAUUCCGAGAAAUCAACCAGAGAUCGAAAAGUUCUAUGCUGCUAGACCUGGACUGAGUCGACCUAUCUUUGGAGGCUCUUCAAAGCAGGAUCAAUUAGAUAUUGUCAUCAGACAAAUGUUAGUUGAGCAUGGAGCUAUCAGUGAUGAAAGAAAAAGUAUCCAUGAUCGAUAUGAUCAACUUGGCGCAAUUCUGAUCGGCCGAUUUCGAGCUAAGAAUCCGGAUCAUGCCUCCGAGCUCCAGCGCUAUGGGAAAUUUGCCUUCUCAUCACCUGCUAUCACUCAAGCUCUUCCAUAUCCUUAUAGGCUUCCUCCUUCAGGUAUUUUCAACCACUAUAACCAAUCUUCCGGAAACAAUUACGAGAAAAUGGGUAGUCCAGACGUAGAGGCAGUAAAGAAAUGGGGCGGGAUCAGAAAGCAAACCAACAACAAGGGUGUCUACCACGAAGUCCUGCACCGUAGACGUACAAUGCUUGGUGCCAAAUUCCACCCUGAGUCCAAAAGAUUAAUGGCCUUACCUUAUUCGACUGGUGAAACUUUGAGCGAUCGAGAUAUUCUCCAAUUAGCAAGACUGAGUCCAUACCAAAGACACUUACGCGCUUCAAAAUUCUUCAACGAGCGGGGAGAGUUUUACACUCGCCAUGUACGUUUCACGGAGAUGCCGGAUGAUUAUCUCAGACGCGAGGGAUUGUUGCGUUCGUGGAUUCCGAGAAAGGCGGGAGAUCGUCCCCGGAAUAGCAUAGAGCGUGCUGCGCGGGCGGCACAGUUGGGCUUGACGGGUGAUGAUAAGCUGAUUGCUGAUGCAGCAGCCGAGAGACUUCGUCGAGCUGCGUCUGAGAAAAACAUGAGAAAAUCAAAGGCAGCAUAACCAGGAAUAAUAACUGGCACUCUUACACUAUCUAUGCA